GUGAAUCUGAGCUUAAAGAAUCACGCGUAUAUGCAUUUAUACACAGAAUAUGUGGUGCACAAGAAAGUACCUAUCCUAAUAGAGAUACGAAUCAUCCUGUUCUUAAUUCAGUACAAGAUAUCUUUUUGAAG